CGGCUAGCGUCCAUCGGCCUGCGCGCACGGCACCAAAGGCGUCCAAUUGUCUGCCGCCGGCCAGAAGGUUCCGGCUCACGCCCGCGCCGCCACCGCCACCCGUAUAUAAAGGCGAGGGCGGCGCCGCCGCGGUAGCUUAGCUAUCAGCCGCCGGCAGACACCCAGACAGCCGCCAUGAGUGCCGCGCCCUCGGGAACGAAACCGUCAGAUGGACCGGCGUACGAGGUGCUACGAAACGAGAAGGUGGGGAGGUACGCCGUGGCGACGCGCGACCUGGAGCCGGGCGCCGAGGUGCUGACGGAGCUGCCGGUGGCGGUGGGGCCCAAGGUGGACAGCAUGCUGUGCUGCCUCGGCUGCUACGCCUACAACGACGGCUCGACGCUGUGCUCGCGCUGCGGCUGGCCCGUCUGCGGGCCGGACUGCGAGGCGGCGGCCGGCCACGCGCAGGCGGAGUGCGCCGAGUUCUCGCGCGCCGGCGUGCGCCUCGCGCCCGUCGAGGACCCCGCCGACAGCUGCCCGCAGCUCGAGUGCAUCCUGCCGCUGCGCGCGCUGCUCGCCAAGGAGCGCGACCCGGCGCGCUGGCAGCGGGAGGUGGCGCCCAUGCAGGCGCACAACGACCGCCGCCGCGACACGCCCGGCUGGCACUCCAACCAGGUCAACGUCGUCUCCUUCCUGCGGGACCGCUGCGGGCUCGCAGACAGGUUCGACGAGGAGCUGGUGCACACGGUGUGCGGCAUCCUGGAGGUGAACUGCUUCGAGGUGCGCUGCGAGAACGGCGCCCUGGUGCGCGGCCUCUACCCGCAGACGGCCAUCCUGUCCCACAACUGCAUCGCCAACACCGGACACACCAUCGCCACGCGCUCCGAGACUGGCGAGCAGCACAGGCUGAAGCUGCACGUGACGGUGCGCGUGCCGGCGGGCGGCGAGUUGUUCACGUCGUACACGCACUCGCUGGACCCCACGAUGGUGCGGCGAGAGAUGCUGUCGCGCGGCAAGUUCUUCGAGUGCAGCUGCGAGCGCUGCAAGGACCCCACCGAGCUGGGCACCAACCUCAGCACGCUCAAGUGCAGCAAGUGCGACAACGGCGUGCUGCUCUCCGCCGACCCUCUCGAGCCGAGCGCGCAGUGGCGCUGCACGCGCUGCGAGUUCUGCACGCGCGGCGAGGCGGUGCGGCGCGUGCUGCAGCUGAUCUCGAACGAGCUGCAGAUGGUGGAGGCGGGGGACAGCGUGGAGGCGCGCGAGACGCUGUUCCGCAAGUACCGCAGCGUGCUGCACCCGCGCCACGCCUACAUGUCGCAGAUGCGCCACUCGCUGUGCCAGCUGUACGGCCGCGUCGACGACUACCUGCUCGACGACCUGCCCGACGUGCUGCUCGAGCGCAAGGUCGACCUCUGCCGCGACCUGCUCGCCGUCGCUGACGUCGUCGAGCCGGGCCUCUCGCGCCUCAGAGGCGUGGUGCUGUACGAGCUGCACGCGCCGCUCAUGUACCUGGCGCGGCACAAGGAGGAGUUCGGCGAGAUCGACUCUAAGGAGAUGUGCCGGCGCAUGGAGGAGGCGGCGGCGUGCCUGUCGGAGGCGGCGGCCAUCCUGGCCCUGGAGGACGCGUCCACCAACGAGGCGGCCAUGGGCCGCGCCGCCGCCGCCGGCCUGCUGCAGCUGCGCGCCUCGCUCGACCACAUGCGCCAGCAGCACGCGCAGCGCCAGUAGCCCAGCUCCUGUCCCCAAGCACUGCGGCUCUGUGUCUACUGGUCACGGUGCUCGCGAAAUGACUGGACCACGAUAAGAAAUGGGAUUUUUACCGGUUCUAGCGAGGACACUACAAUUGUUCUGUGCACUUCCUUUGGACCAAACGCCAUAUGUUUACGUAAUAGUCUAGUUGCAUUCACACGUGUUGUAAUACUCCCUACCAGUGGCCUUGAUGGCAGUUUAUCUCUGACAGUCUCUUCUUCGGAACUAUUCCCACCUAUACCAGUUCCUCGCAUGGUGGCAUCUGUGUUCCUAGAAUUAGCGUCCUUUUACUUCUGUGGUUGAAUGUUUCUCUUGUCGUCAUGAAAAGCCGUCAUCAACCCGAAGGUUAGACUGAGUCGUGAGUGCUCUACUAGGAAUCGUCCUGACUUCGCAACUUUCGAACUUAAUUAUUACACUUUGACGUGGCCCAGAACCACAGUGCAGCUUCCCAUUUCUGACGUCAACUAAUGAUCGUCAUAAGUGGGAAAAACGAUAAGUCCUACAACCUAUUGGCGAUCUGUAGUACGGCUAUUACUCACUUAGCGAGCUACCUUGCUCCAUAACGUAGCUUAAACCUUGUGGUGUGUGUACUGUAAGACCUUCAGAACACACACCAUCAGAUUAUUUGACUUGUCGCUCUAACGAAGUAGCCGAGUGUCAGCAAUAUGUCUCGUGGUCUUAUUGUGGCGUGUUUAUCUUCUGCCAUUAGGUCAGACGAUAGAAAUGCCACUUCCACGCUUAGAGUACCAGAUUGACGGUGACCAACUUUAAACAGAACUUGAUUAACUUUCACACACAUUUAUUAAAAUAAUAACAAUCAUAAAAAUUACUUAACUUGGUUCUGGAUGCUAUUUACAAUUGACAAUCUGAAGUUCCUUUGGUAUUGGUACGUUAACCUUAUUCUCACAUAUAUCUCUGAUACUUGAUAAAAGUGUCUAUACAUUUAUCCUCAUGGCUAUUUACAGGAAUAUGGUAAUCUUAUUAGGCGCAGACUGAAACUUGGCUAUAGACUGGUACAGACAAAUGCAGAACUCGUACAGACUGGUAAAAACUAAUGCAGACUGGUACAGAUUGGUGCGGACAAAUGCAGACUCACUAAUCGGAGGUCUGUACACUCGUUGUAAUACCUCGUGUCUUCGUGUAUCACUGCGCAAGUGUGAUCCGCGAGGAGAAAAGGUUCUACGUUAGCAGCAAUCUCAUUGGCUGUGAUACAUAUUAAUACGCGGAUCGGCGGAAGCAGAAUUUGGUCCGUCUCUAUGGCAGCGCCAUCUCGUAGUGCGGAGACGGACGAGUGCUGAGCCUGCGCUGUUGUGCUUGGCGGGGUGCGCUCUAGUGGGAAAGUUGUGUACGCGCUAACUACGCGGAACUAUGUACACAACAAACCUGAAAUAGGAAAUAAGUCAUUUACACCACUGUUUUUGUUUGCUGUAACAUUUUUUUCCGUGUCUCCGUUCUGUGGUUCUGAGGUAGCGAGCCUGGUGUUUGCCUAGACAGGGGUGAGAAAAAGUAAGACAGGGCACUCGGGGCGAUCAUUACACCAAACUAACUGUUUUCAUUGGCUCUCCGUUUGUUUUUACGUCUGCCUCAUUUCCUAACUUCACAACACUGCGCGCUAUUCGUUAUUCGAAGUUAAUACGUCUCAGUAUUGCCGAACAACUAUAUCAUGUAAAUAGUGUCUUCCACGAGGCCCAAGAGAGGACCUUUGGUCGCUCUCCGAACAGCGUCAAAUCGUGCUUCCUACUAGAUUUCGGCUAUUUUGCAAAACCAAGUAGUGAGGACUCUAGGCAUGUGACAAGCGAAAAACGCAACUCAAUCCAGCACCUGCAACUAUACUACGCGAGCCAACUUGCGGCGUGUGGCGGAGGGUACAGCUGCUACCACCCACAUACCCUGUUCCAUUCACUAAAGGUGCAUGGGUACGUCGACCUUCGGCGCAUGAGCUUUAAUUUCUGUUUUUCUGCGACGUGGUCGUUUCGCGAGAUGUGUAUGGUAGGGAGUAAAAUAGUGCCUGAGUGUUCUUGGAACGUGUGCUCUCGGAAUUUUAACAGUAAAUUGCUCCGUGACUCACAG